CAGUCAACAUUGCAUGCAGUAAAGCGAAGAAUUGAGUGAGCAAGGGUGUGAGUUUACAAUUUAUGAGAUUUGAACGCUGAUUCAGUGAAGUAAAGUGAUUAUUUGUACAUUAGUUUUUCAGAGAAAGUUAUCUAGCAUUUGUAAAUCUAUGGCGCUUCAUCGAUGUCAGAAUUGGAUACGACCUGUGGGAAAUGUGAGGAAUUCUGUCUCAUUUAUUCAGAAGGCUUUCCUGAAAAAUGAUCUGCCAGCAGUGCAGGUGAAGGGCAUCGAGGCUCAAGUUCCAAAGGAUGACCAGAGAUUCCCUGAAAACACUGUUUGGCCUGAUGAAUUGAAGUGGGCCAACACCAACAGCCACCGGCGGCCGUCGCGGCCGUACCAGCCGCCGGUGGACGUCCACUCACAGCUGUCGGAGGUGUUCCGGGCGGUGCUGGGUCCCGCCGCCGGCGCCCACACGGCCGUCGGAGACCUGGCCGCCAAACACCGGCUGCUGACGGCCUGCGCCGACCGGCUGGGGCACCACGUCACCAACAGCCAGCUGCACAACAUCACCACGCUGGGUGACGUCAUUUCGUACUACUCGGAGCCGGUGACCACCAGCACUCCGCUGGAGCAGCUGAGUGAACAGGAACUCCCCAAGAACAUACACGUUCAGCUCGAGUACCUGCGCUUUCACCCCGAAACGGAUACUAAGUUUGGUGGUGUGACUGCCUUCCCGAAAAGUUCGACAGUGGUCUCCUCUAUAAAGUACAAGAAGAAGUACCGCGGCUACGCGACGCCCAAAUCCUGGCCAUACAAGUAGCCGCUAGUCAUUUGCAAGCUGUUGUAAUAUGUACCGUCUGUUGUGUGUGACAAUAUAGACCAUCUUUAUA